AUGCGGCUGACAGCGGACUUAAUUCUGCACGCGCACGUGUCCAUUAACCCGCUCCGUGAACGCGAGCUGAACCUUCGAGGUUACAAGGCGCCUGCAAUUGAGAAUUUGGGAGUCACGCAGGAUGGAUUUGAUUGUAUCGAUCUUUCCGACAAUGAAAUCAAAAAGCUGGAGAACUUUCCAAGAUUACGUCGCUUGCGAAUGCUGCUGUUACAUAACAAUCAUGUCUCCAAGAUCCAGGAAAAAUUGGCGGACGCCAUAACUAAUCUCGAGUUCCUAAUGCUCACAGGUAAUCGCAUCACGCAAUUUUCGGAGGUGGAUAACCUCACUUGCUUUUCCAAAUUGGACACAUUGUCGUUGAGCGGGAAUCCUGUGACUAAGCGUAAAUAUUAUCGUGAAUACGUCAUUUACAAGCUGCCGCAGCUACAUGUCCUCGACUUCCAACGCAUCCGCCCUCGAGAUCGCGAGGCUGCCAACGCUUUUUUCAACUCAAUCGUUGGACAAAGGGUUAUGAAAGAAGCCAAUGGUGAUCACAUUGCCGAGUCAACACAGGCAAUGAAACAGGUUUCAAUCGUACAGCAAAUGGAAAACUCUGCAAAAAAAGCAGUUUCGUUACCGCCGCCACCGCAUCCAUUGCGAACUCCUGUACCUCCGAAACAGGAGUCUCUAGUUGUUACUGAUUCGCCGAACAAGGUUCCAGAGCUAGCGUCAAUGAAGAGUACACCGAAACCAGUACAAGAAACUCCUUCAGCUGACGUCGAAAUGAGAGAUGCAAGUGAGGAUGAGCCUGUAGUAUCAUACACACCGCCAAAACCAAUUGAACAGAUGACUGUGGCUAUUUUGCGCGAAGAGCUGAAAAAGCUGGGAUUGUCGAUUAAGGGCCUGAAGGCGGAAUUGGUUAAGCGUUUAAAGAAAGCUGCUGGACAAGAAUGA